AUGAAGCUUAGAAGGAGUACGAGAGAGAAGAAACCUCCCCAGCAUUUGCAGGAUUUCCAGUUAGAAUUAGAUCCGACAGAGAGCCUUCAGACACGUCCGAUUAGAGAUGAAUUGAACCAAGUAGAGUCUCUGCUUGAAAGCUUAACACCCGAAGCAGAUAAACAGUCUGCAAGUGCCAACAAACUCCAAACCCCGGCCUUUACACCCGAAGAAGAAAAGCAGUCUGCCGCCAGUAUCAGCAAACUUCAGAAUGAGAACUUGAAGUUGGAACUUGAACUGACAAGAGCCAAAAUUGAGCUUGCUCGGGUUAAGUCCGCGAUGGCACACGAAAGUCAAUCCAAGAUGGCCGCCCCAAACCCGGCAACCGUCAACACACGAAAUCAAGGCCAGUGUACGACCCAAAGAGCGACUGUACCCACUCUAACUGCGUUGCAAUCUGACACAGCGGUUCAAAAGGAGCUUAAAGCCUUAGAAGAGUCACUAGGGGACCCAAUUCUUCUUGGUCUUUCUGACGAAUUGGUGGGUCCAGCGCAAAAACUACUGGAACCUAACACGACCCCCAGAGGUAAGCGUCCCCUGCUAAUUCCAGAUUUUGUCAGUUCCCUCCCAGUGGUUCUGGAAGAGGACCGGGAGACCGUGCUUGGCGCUUCUGGUGGCACUCAAAUCAUAUUAAAGACUAGCCAUGAGAAAAAGCCCCUGCUCAACAACAUCACCUUUCCACAAUGGUCAGCAGCAAACCUCAGGAUCAUGCACACACUUGUCAAAGAAGGUGCCUUGUCAACUAUGUCAGACAUUAUGAAUUACAUAUCAUAUAGCACCAAAGUCUCAGAGCUGGCCAAGAUUUACCCGCUAGCCCGUGUCGUCCACUAUGAUGACCUUUAUCGACGAAUGCAAUUCGCCACUGGUUGUAAAUGGGGUACAGAGAGUCAGUUUAUCUACCAGCAAUCCCUCCACAAGCCUGACACCAACCAGCCUGGCUCAACCAAACAAGCAAACCGUCCUCCAGGUAGAUCAACACCAACUAUCAACCCGACCACGGGCAAGCAGGUGUGCUAUGACUUCCAACGACGACAAGGCUGCAGCUAUGGCACAGCUUGCAAGUAUGACCAUGUUUGUAUAAAGCCACAGUGUUUGGGGGAUCACCCCCAAUGGAAGCACACAGCCACUCACUACCCCCAAGCCUGAACACACACUCGCCUGCAGAGCUAUUUCGCAAUUCUUUCGUGGAGCCACUUGCAGGGGAUAGCUCGACUGCAUCACCCAUAGCAGGGAAAUACCCAUACGUUAGUUUAGAAACAGCAGAGUGUGUUACUGACUCCAACCAAUCAGCAGGGCCCUCAUGUUAUGCGCAGCAGCCCGAUGCAGCCUGUAUUGCCACAGACUUAAAAUAUGAGAUAUGGGCAAAGGAACUAGCUAAUGAUAUGGACAGAGACUUUAUUCUCAAUGGUGUACGAGAAGGGUUUGGCUUGAUUCCGCGAGAUACUACUGUUUUACCAGCUUUCACAAAGAACAACAGAUCGGCGCUUAGGCCAGGGGCCAAAGAGCACAUUGAAGAGCAACUAUGUAAGGGCCUAUCACUAGGCCAUUUUGGAUCUUCAAACACACCCCCCAUCAUUGUUAAUGCUAUUGGAGCUGUACCAAAAGGGACUCUUCAGAGUUGAGACUGAUUAUGGAUUGCAGUCGACCGCUUACAUUGAGUGCAAACUCCUACAUGGACCUUGACCACUACAAAUAUACUACAGUUGAUGAGGCAGCAUGCAAAGCCAAACCAGGUUUUUGGUUGGCCAAGAUUGAUUUAAAACAUGCUUAUCGCAGUGUUGGUACUCACCCCAGCAGCUGGAAAGUCACUGGCAUGUCUUGGCUUUUUCAAGGUACUACCGACAUCACUUUCCUGUUUGAUAAACGCCUUCCCUUUGGUGCUCGAACCUCUCCUAUGGUUUUCCACCGCCUUACCCAAUCAGUUUGUAGAAUGAUGGCCCGACGAGGUUUCACAGUGCUUGCAUAUUUGGAUGUUUUCCUCAUCAUAAAACCCAGUCAGCAGCAGUGUCAAAUCGCUGUGGACACCCUCCUCGAUUUGCUUCAGUCACUUGGUUUCACAAUAAACUGGUCAAAGGUUGUUCAACCCAGCCAAUCCCUGUGCUUUCUGGGAGUCGAAAUGGAUACAGUGAAUCGUGUACUACGGCUCCCCAGGGUCCGCGUCUCUGAGCUNAACGCCUUCCCUUUGGUGCUCGAACCUCUCCUAUGGUUUUCCACCGCCUUACCCAAUCAGUUUGUAGAAUGAUGGCCCGACGAGGUUUCACAGUGCUUGCAUAUUUGGAUGUUUUCCUCAUCAUAAAACCCAGUCAGCAGCAGUGUCAAAUCGCUGUGGACACCCUCCUCGAUUUGCUUCAGUCACUUGGUUUCACAAUAAACUGGUCAAAGGUUGUUCAACCCAGCCAAUCCCUGUGCUUUCUGGGAGUCGAAAUGGAUACAGUGAAUCGUGUACUACGGCUCCCCAGGGUCCGCGUCUCUGAGCUCUCUGGUUGUCAGAGUACUAUGCUAUCCAACUAACUGUUGAGCUCAUCCCUGGCUCAGCCAAUGUUAUUGCCGACAGUAUCUCUAGACUUGAUGAAACAUGCCACCGACACGCACUUCACGCAUGGCUCUCACGGUCCUCUUCCUCUACUGAAGACUUGUUGUCUCACAUGUCACCUUUGUCGCUUGCUUUCCUCAGAUCCAGAAGAUCAGUCACGAUUGGACACGGAGGUUCUUAAGCUUCGAAAACAAGCCUAUGCAACUUCCACCAAGGCCACUUACAAAAGUCAACUGCGAGCCUAUCUUACCUUUUGCGUAUAUUAUGGGUACCAGCCACUUCCAGCGUCUACCAUCACACUUAGCCGCUACGCAGCCUUCUUAGCACGCUCUUUGUCUGCUUCCUCUAUUCCAGCUUAUCUUAACAUUGUCCGUAUUCUCCAUUUGGAACAUGGCCUGAAAGACCCUACCAAGAAUAUCUUCCACUUAGCAACAACCUUGCGCGGUAUACGUCGUUGCAAAGGCUGCACAGUCUCA